GCUGCAUCUUGGGGCUGGAUAAUUGCAGUGGGAGAGGGUGAAAUCAAAGGGGUGGCAAGGAAGAUUUUUUUACCAUGUGGAGAAUGAUUUUGUAGGUCGGCCUUUAAGCUUUUUCUCUCUUUUCGAUCCACGCGGUGUAAGGAAAAGUUAGUGAACCCUUGUCUUUUCUAAAUAUUCAGUACCUUUACCAUCAAGAAAAUGGUGAAGGGGAAAAUUGUGAGUUACCUCUUUAAGUGUGGUAGUCAGAAAGUCGGUCGUGAUCAACGUUACUAAAUUUAAUAACGUUGGUCGUGGUGGUAGCUAAAAGUGGAGCCACUACAGCAGCUCAGGCUAAAAGCGGUGUUAUUUGCCGAGGUUCAACUCGCAAUCUGGCAACAAGGUAAUUCGCGCCCUUCGCGCCCUGGGAGUUUCGACGUGGUCUGACGACUGUUUCAAGAUUUUCUGGUUUCCUUCCCGCUGCCGCCGGCAGGUACGGCCGUCAUUGUGCAUAUUACUCCUGCACGUUCCUUCUAAAACCGCGUGUGGUUUGCCCGUACCUUCCGUGGGAAUGAUUCGUGCAGAAGUCGCGCAAAACUUGCAGUUCAAAGGAGAGAAUGUCGUGCUGCGCUGCGAGUGGCUAGAGUGCGACUUCGUGAGCGGGAUCAGCCCAGAGUUUUACACGCAUGUCAACAAGCACCUGAAAGAGGACGCAACUCUUUUGGACACGUCCGAGUGCCCGUGGAGGGACUGUUCGACGGUUCCCAAGAGUAGGGGUGAGCUGCGAACCCACGUACUGUUCCACGCCUUUCACACCAAGAUCAAAUGUUACGGCCAGAACCUGGUAGAGAGGCAGAAGACGCCACAGCGCUGCCAACUCGACAAGCAGACCCGCAACCUUAUCCCGGACACUCCCGAGCAGUUUGAGUGUCAGUGGGAAGGCUGUGAUGACGCCGACUUCGAGAACCCGGAGGCCUUCUACGAGCACGUGUCCAACCACGCCGAGGACGAAGCCGGACCGCGCAGCGACUCCGCGCGAUGCCGCUGGUUCUCGUGCGACGCUGAAAGCACGACCGUCUACAAACUCAAGGAUCACUUGCGCACGCACACGCAGGAGAAGAAACUGGCGUGCCCGGACUGCGGCGGCAUGUUCGCUUCGCGCACCAAACUGGUGGACCACCUGGCGCGACAGGUGGAGCGGCCGGAGCUGAGCUGCUCGUACUGCAACCGCGGGUUCAGCUCGGAGCGGCUGCUGCGCGACCAUAUCCGCCACCACGUGAACCAGUACAAGUGCGCCGCAUGCGACAUGACCUGCCCGACGCCCUCGGCGCUCAAGUACCACAUGCAGUGGCGACACUCGACGGCGCGUCCCUACGAGUGCGACCAUUGCGACUUCUCGGCAAAGACGCCCGGUGACCUACGCAAGCACCUCGAGGCACACGGGGGCGAGAGCAAGCCGUGCCCGCUCCCGGGCUGCGAGUUCGUGGCCCGCAGUUCGUACCUGCUGAGAAAACACGUGAGAACCAACCACCUGUGCUACCCCAAGAAUGUGUACAUGUGCCACCUGUGCCAGAAACAGUAUGCCAGUGGCAACUCGCUGUCCAGGCACCUAGUCUCCCAGCACCGCUUCAAGUGGCCCUCGGGGCACACGCGCUUCUCCUACACACGUAACAAAGACAAUGUGUUCACGUUGCAAACGGUCCGCUACGAGAGUAUCGAACUCACCGAGGCGGAGCCUGCUGCCUCCGAGCCAGCCGACCAGGCUGCAGGUCUGCCCAGGCUUGCAGAGGACUUGGCAGUCUCUUCACCUGUGGCUGCCGCUGCUUUGCCUGCAACUGAUGUUUCUUUGUCUGCGGCUGCCGUUGCCCUGCCUGAGGCUGCUGCUGCUUCACCUGUGGCUGCUGUUGUUUUGCCUGCAACUGAUGCAGGGAUUCAGAUUGGGCUGGUUGCCGUUGCAGAUCAAGGGGGUGCCCUGGCUGCGAUGCCGGUGGCGCAGGUUCUAGCACAUCUGCCGCCCUCAAGUGCAGUGGGCAUUAGCUCUGUGACCAAGGAUGCAAGCUGAAAAUCUGGCCCUAGUAUAGCCUUCUCGGGAAAUUGAGAUUGAAUUUGCAUUGUCCAGAAAACUAUGUUUGAAUGUGGCUCAAAGGAAGGUUGUACACGCAUCUGUUUUUUUCAAAUUUGUAAACUUCUGUCGGAGUCGGCGACACUUGAAGUUCAGCCUGCUGUCUUCGAGGCUGCCGAGCAUACUGUUUGCUCAUCGGCAGAAUUACUCUGCUCCAUUCUGUCAUCAGGUGGAGAAGUGACAAAGAGAGUGGAUUUAUUUUAAUUGCUUAAGUAUCACUUCUUUCGUUGUGAGUUUAUAAAUUUUAGCGAGGCUUCUGCUUGGGGACAUUUAAAUUUUAUUAUAAGGGUAGGUAGUGCAGAUGAGGUAAAAACUGCCACGAAAAGGAUUUUUAAUUGGUAUGUUUGUUACACCAGGGAUAAACUGUUCGACAAGAUUCUGAAUUUAAGAAGCUAGAAGUAUAGGCACAUGCACGGUUGCAACAAAAAUUUUUGUGUGUAUUUCGGUGCACUUGCUUGUGGGUACAGCUUUGCAAUUUUAGUAAUUGAGAGAAAAUCGACCGCCAGGCCGGGCCGGUGAACGCUCUCAUGAUGUUAUUAAAAAAAAAUUGCAAAGGAGCACAUUGUGUCGUUAAAAUUUGGUUUCCUUUGAUAAGGAGUUUUCAUCCUUACAAUGUGCUUGUUUUCAUCCUGUGCUUGCAGUGACGUCUGUGCACGAUUGCUACAGUCAACCAAAAAUGACUAUUGUUUUAUGCCUAACCACAUCUGGUUCACCGCUGAAACUGAGGAACAGUGUUUUGAUCAACUGCUUUUUUUAUAUUGCAUGCAUUCUUUUCCAAUGCAGGUUCUUUGUGUCCUCCACUGGCUCAUUUGCUCAACCAUUUCGAACAAACCUUGGCUCCUUGCUUUACAUUCAAGGACAUGCGUGGGUCACCUUGAGGCGCACGAUGUGAUACUUCAUCAAUGUUAGACACUGCCAGUGACAUCUGUGAGCUUCAUCAAUGUGUGAGCUCCAUCAAUGUGCUGUGUGUGCUUGUUGGUUAGAAUUGAAGAAGAGGAUGCAACCUGCAUCAUAUAUUGUUAAAGUGUGGUAUGAUAAAAGCUUAUUCACACAAUUGAGUUUGCUUACGACUGGAGAGGCCUAAAAACCGAUUGUAACAUAGUCGACCGCAGUCAAACGCUGCAUGCUUUGUGUAUGUGGGAUGGAAUCAAAUGACGAGACCAUUGCAAUAAUAAAACGUCUGUGGAAAGUAUCUCCGUUUAGUGGCAUUUUCAUUGUUGACCAAAUUUGUUUUCUUUUUGUGACUCGUGGAGGUGUGUUUAUGCCAUGGGUACAAUGAACUAAGAACAUUAAGUAGUGGCAAAAGCGGCGGCCUCCGCGUGAGGCACAUUCUGUUGGACCUACCAAGUGGCGCUAAACCUCGUUUCAGCUUAAAUCCAGACACAGCCAAUGCUACAAGCGCGAGCAUGUGGCCCUGAUGAGUGCUUCCAUUGCACGAGCACAUAUGCUUGGCAGGGAUGAUGAAAGUUCGGAGCUCGCUUUAUUAGACUCUGCUAGGCUCACACUGAGUGAAACGGGGUACAGCGGUCUUUUCCCGAGCCCUACCUCACCUCGCUUGCAUAUGGCAACCAUGAGCUGCAAGCCUGUGCCAAAAGUAUGCAUCUUUUUUUUGCAGGCGCAGGAGGGCACAGCACAAACUAACCAGGAUUUCAACAUUAUGGUUCGUUGCAACUUAAGAAGAGCAGGAGACAGAGUCAUUUUCUCUCUCCACAUUAGCAGAGCGAAUGCUGGAGAUGAAAGGAGCAUAUUCCAGCGUUGGCUGUGCAAGUGUGGAAAGAGGGAAGCGCUCCGUCUCCUGCUCUUCUUGAGCUGCAACAUACUAUAGCGCCACGCAGGGCUUUCAACACCCUUGGCUUCUCACGGCCGAUUGGGCACCGCUGCUGCUUUUUGCACUACUUCUAGUUCAUUGUAUCCAUUGGCAAGCUGGUUGUUUGUGUCUCUGAAUGCUCCAUUUCCUCCUCCCCUUGUCUCUAUACUCGGCGACGACUUUUCUUGGCAAUGCAGUGGAAGGUAGUACACGCACGCGCUUGCUGUCCCAUUUUGAGCGCUGAAUAAAGCUGUGCGCGGGCUCUCCUUCUUUCCGCUGCAAUGCCAAGGAAAGCUGUUGCCAAGUCUAGUCUGGACUAUGUGCCGUACUGCUGGCUGAAUGGCAUGUGGAGUGGAGACUCGGUAUAUCUUACUCUACAUAUUUAUUUACAAUAUUUACACUAUUUUUACUAGAUCGUCGAGAGCCUGUCGCUAAGUCUCAGAGUCUGUGCACCUCGUGGCCCAGCCACCUCAUGUCUCUUGCUCGUGCCUGUACCGUGAGCUUGGCGCCGUUCGAGCGCUGUGGAUAACUGCUGCUACUGAUAACUCGCUCCCUGGCAAGGGAGCGGGCUAACGAACGUUCUUAACUUUGAGGGAGUGCACGUGCAAGCUGGUGUUCAUCUUGAAACUGACGCGAGAUGUUUGACCGUGCCUUUAGAUAUGGGAUAGUAGGAUGUCGUAUAGAUGUGUAAGUCCUUGGAGAUGGGAGAGAGUUUGAAAUAAAGUUGAUUGA